CGCGCCUUCUCGCACUGUGAAAGAAUAUAAGAACCUGGCUGACAAGCCACUUCCAGGAUAGCUCACGCCUUACGCCAUAUUGGGUGACAGCUGGGUAGACAUUGCGUGACGUCCGGCUCAACGAAAAUCCAAUAUUUGAUCCUCUCGCUUCACUAUCACAAAUCAGACUUGUUAUCAGACAAGCACGACAUCGACAUCAACAUCAUGGGCCAAUCCGAGUUCGUCGACUGCAUCCGUCCUCUCGGCGAACGACUCAAGCACUACGAUCCCAAGCGCUCGCCAACCGACCAACCCGACAACGAUGCCAUCUACGAAACCGACCCAGCAAGAGCCGUCCCCGAAGCCUUCAUUGACGCCAUGAUCGUUCGCGAAGAAGUCUACGUGAAAGAGCAGAACGUCCCAGUCGAAAAUGAGCUCGACGAAGACGAUCCAAGAAGCUUUCAUUGGGUCGCAUACGCCUCCAUACCAGCCAAGGCCAACACGAACGGCAACGGCGAGAGAAAAUCAAGCAACAGCACCAAAAUUCCUAUCGGCACAAUUCGUCUCGUACCACCACCACAUACCCCACACCCUACUCCAAGAGGUAGUGACUCCCCACAAUCAACCCACGACGAACCGAUCAAUGAACCAUACAUCAAACUGGGCAGAUUAGCAGUCAUAAAAGAAUUUAGGAAAGCAGGAAUCUCAAAGCUGCUGAUCGAUACGGCUUUGAACUUCGCCCGCGAACACCCUUAUGAAGUCGGCCCACAACUCGACCCAACACAAAUGGAGGCACUCAAGAAAGGACUUGGUGUUAGUUUCAAAGGCCUAGUUCUCGUACAUUCUCAGACUGGUGUGCAGAAAGUCUGGAGAAAGUAUGGUUUUGAGACGGAUGAAAGUAUGGGUGAGUGGGACGAGGAAGGGAUACCUCAUGUGGCUAUGUGGAAGAGGGUUGAUGUCAGCGAUGCGAGGAGGAAGAGCAAAAUUUGGAUGGGUGGGCCUGGAUCGAUGAUUCCUUGAGGAGAGGAUGAGUUGCGGUCUACGAGCAAUGUGAGGAGAAUGGGUGGGAAAUGAGCUCUGGAUAGAUCGGGGCAAUUGGGAAUGGAGUGGAUGGGAGGGACUUGUCUUUGCGGUUCCCUCGUUGGCAUGAUACAGGGCGUUGAGGAAUAUGGUUAUACCCCGGUAGUUGGAAGUGAUUUGAUCAAUUUUGAUGAUAGUACUGCCCAUGAAAAGUCAUAAGUCGUG